AAAAAUCUUCUAUAAAAGUGUUAAUUCUCAAAUCAUCUAGGUUCAGUUAUGAAAAAACAUAAGGUAUUGCGUAAUAAAUGGAAAAAGAUUCGUCGUAAACUUAGGAGACAAAAAAUAGCACUAAAACGAGAAGAAUUGCUUCAAAAACAAGAACAAAAUCGUUUAAAUUCUCCGACAUACCAAAAAUGGCUAAAAAGUCAAGAAGAAAUUGAGGAGUUUGAACAAAAUGAAAAUGAACGGAUUGCUGCUAUGCAAUAUGAAAAAUGGGUUGAACGAGAGCUUGCAGCUAUCGAUGAAUGGAAAACAAUACAGAAUAAAUUGGAAAAAAUUAAACAAGAAAAAGCUCAAAAAGAAUUAUUAAUUAAGCUAGAAUGGGAGAAAGAACAGAAGAAAAUCAAAGAAACAGAAGAAAAUAAGAAAAAAGAAGAAGAAUUACAAGAAGCAAAAAAUGCUAAAUUUAUUGAAGAAAUUGAAAUGUAUAUCAACAAUUUGGGUCCGUUGCCUGAAUCUAUUAAUGUUAGUACAAGUACAAGACCAGAUCAACCACUGUGUCCUUUUUUUUCAAAAGUUGCAGCUUGUCGCUUCCGUGAAAACUGUUCCAGAAAUCAUAUUCGGCCAGGUAUUAGUAAUACAUUGUUGAUUCCUGGCUUUUAUAAAAAUUUUGAAUUGAACAUGCGCUAUGAACGUGAAUUUGAUAUUGAUAUUAGUUUGGAAUGUGAUGAAAAAGAAGCAUAUGAAAAAUUUUAUGAAUUUUUUGAAGAUAUAUUAGUUGAACUAAGAAGUUACGGACAAAUAAUUGAACUUAAUGUUUGUAGAAAUCAAGAAAUACAUCUAAUGGGCAAUGUUUAUGUUCAAUAUAGAAGUAGACGUCAUUCUUUAAAAGCAUAUCGAAACUUGUGUGGUCGUUUCUAUGGUGGCCGCAAGAUAACUGCUGAAUUCUGUAAUAUUCCUUCAUGGUCUGAAGCAGUUUGUGGGUUAUUUUUCAGAAAAAUGUGUCCAAAAGGAAAAAAUUGUAAUUAUUUACAUUUAUAUAAAAAUCCUGGAGGUAAAUAUCAAUCAAAACCUCAAAGAAAUAGAAAUGAAAACUCAAGUCAUAGUUAUAGAGAAAAUAAACAUAAUUCUAUUAAAACAGAACGAGAACUACAGUCAAGAACUAGUAAAGAAAAAAGAAAAAGUUCAAAAAGAGAAAAGAGAUCAAUGGAUAGUUUGUCCCAAAGUGAAAAAUUGAAUACACCUAAAUGGGAUAACACUCCAGAUCGACAAAAUAAAAGUUCUAAUUCACUGAACUGGGACAGUGAUGACGAUUAAAUAAUUUUAAUUGAUCUACCAAUAUUAACCAAUUUAGGGAUGUUCUUACAAUGUUCGGUUAGUGUUAACCAAUAGAAUUCUACCGGUUAGUUUUAACCGACACUUAAUCGGACAAUGUAAGAACGGCCCUUAAAGUAAUAGGAUAAUAAAAUUGUUUACUUUACACAUUUUGAAUUAGUAAAUUUAUGGUAAAUAAAUAAAUAAAUAUAAAUUUCAUUGAAUUAUAUUAUAAGUAAUUAAUUAAAUAUUUUAAUAUAAUAUGUUAUUAUGUAUGUGUAACCAUUUAUAACUUUAUUUAUAGCAAUGUAAGGUUUAUAUCUCAAUUAAUUAUUUAUAAGAGUUAAUUUAUUAGUCAUGAAUAGUAAUAAGCUGUAAUAACCUAUUAUGAUCAAAUUGACUGAUGUAUUAUAUUUUUAAUAAAAUUUUGAUAAUAUAAUACUUCAUUUUUCUCAUUACCUGUAGACUGGCUAUAGUAAUAUACCUAAUAAUAAACUUGUUUUUUUUUAAAGAAUAAUUUUUAAUAAAAUAUUUUAUUUAUAUAAAUCACAUUUUGUACUUAUAGGUUUUAUAUUUUGAUUAUAGUAGAUAAAUCAAUAGUUUUGGAAAAUAUUAACUAAAUAAUUUUAUAUUAUUUUUAU